CGGCAGGUCUGCGGAGGCGAGCGGGCAGCAACAAGCCGCCGCUGGCCACCUGCCCGCGGCCCCGCCAUGGGAGCCGAGCGCGGGGCGAGGCUCGCCGCCCCGAGCCGCCGCCGGGGCUGAGCGCGGCGCUAGCGCAGGGACUGUGGAUCGAUGAAGCACUUCCCUCCGAUGUGAAUGCAGUGUCCCCUGUGGGAUGCAGUAGGUGAUGCCCAGCUGUACUGCAAUGGCAAUUGGAGCUCUCUCUAGUUCUCUUCUCGUAACCUGCUGCCUCAUGGUUGCCCUCUGUAGCUCCACCGUACCCGUACAAAAACUGGCCAAGGCUCAAGACAAACAGGAGAUAAAGACCAGCCAGGAAAAGAGGGAUCACACAAGGGACAGCCAGACAGGUCCAGGAAAAAUGAAUGAGAUCGGCAGGAGCGGGAGGGAGGAGGGUAGCAGGGACUGGAAGAGCAAAGGGAACAGGAACUACUCGAACAAGGAGUCUUGGACUAAGCUAAAGCAGGCUUGGAACAGCCAGGGGACAAGCAGUAAAUCUGGGAGCAUUCAAGUGCAAGAACAAAGGGAUGCUGCUCCUGAGGAACGUCAGGUGGCUGAAGAUUCAUCUCUCCCAGCAUCUGUUGCAAGUGUCACUCCCGAGCCUCCGGAGGAGUACGCCUAUCCGGACUACCGUGGCAAAGGCUGCGUGGACGAGAGUGGCUUCGUCUAUGCCAUCGGUGAGAAGUUUACGCCGGGCCCCUCUGCCUGCCCCUGCCUCUGCACUGAAGAGGGCCCGCUAUGUAUCCAACCCGAGUGCCCCAGGCUCCACCCUCGCUGCAUCCAUGUGGACACCACGCAGUGCUGCCCGCAAUGCAAGGAGAGGAAGAACUACUGCGAAUUCCGAGGGAAAACCUACCAGACCCUAGAGGAGUUCAUGGUUUCUCCAUGUGAGAGGUGUCGCUGUGAAGCCAAUGGCGAAGUGCUGUGCACGGUCUCAGCCUGUCCCCAGACCGAGUGUGUGGAUCCGGUGUAUGAGCCUGACCAGUGCUGUCCCAUCUGCAAAAAUGGCCCAAACUGUUUUGCAGAAACCCUUGUCAUUCCAGCAGGCCGGGAGGUGAAAACUGAUGAAUGCACUAUAUGUCACUGUACUUACGAAGAAGGCACUUGGAGGAUUGAACGGCAAGCAAUGUGCACUAGACAUGAAUGCAAGCAAAUAUAGGAAAUCUACACGUAUACGGACUUUUUGUGGUUUUUAUAAAAUAUCCCACAGCGGUGAGAACCCAAGAUGAUGCAGGGAAAUCCAAAUGAGAAGAUUCUGGCAAGGAGCAAGGAGUAAAAUACUGAUAUUUUGUUUUUCAAAGUAACAUAAUAUUGCAAGGCAAAAAAGUGCAUAUAUUUAAAACGUUUGUACAUAAGAAUACCUGUCUUAAAUGUGUUAUUUUCAGAGUAAGUACACUAAAAUACACUAUAAAAUAUUCUAUGUAUUUCUAUAAUACCAUUAUAGAGCUUAAAAAUAAAUGUUUUAUAUAGACAAUACAGAUUGAAGUACUGU